GACACUCAGUUGUGCAUCGAGUACAGGAAAUCAGCGUUGCCAUGGAGCCGCGGGAUUGCUGAUUGACCGAAUCUCUCUCAGUUUCGGCGCCGAAGCAGGAACGGCAAGCGGCCAAGAUGGAGCGGUGGACCGUGUACGCGAUGACGUUGCAGAUCCUCACCGCCAUCGCUCGUGCUACCGAGGAUUUUCGCCAUAUCUCGUACGAAGAUUUAGCGGAGACCAGUAUGUUUCGACAAGAGGGGGUCACGACUUAUUCUCAGCUGCUUUUCGACGUGGCGCGACAGCAAGUCGUUGUCGGAGCACGGGAUAAUUUGUACCGCUUGACGCUGACAUCGCUGACGGACUUGGAACACGCCUCCUGGUCCGCGCCGGAGGACAAGGUCAACACCUGUCAGAAUAAGGGCCAGAGCGUCGAGGAUUGUCGUAAUUACAUCAAAGUGCUCCUCAGCAACGGCAAGAGCCUCUUCACCUGCGGCACUUAUGCAUUCAGCCCGUGGUGCGCGUGGCGAGAGAUCGAGAACAUAACGAGUGUGACCAGCGAGAUGUCGGGCGUGGCUAUGUGCCCGUACUCGCCGCAUGCAAACGUCACGGCACUUCUCUCGAUGGGUCCUUCCGGCGGGCUCUUCGCCGGUGCGCGGACGGAUUUCUCCGGAGCUGAUCCUGCGAUCUACAGAACGUUGGCCUCCCCGAACCUCAGGACUCGACAAUACGAUUCCAAGUGGCUGAACGAUCCGCAAUUCGUCGGCAGCUUCGAUACGGAGGAUCACGUGUACUUUCUAUUUCGCGAAUCUGCCGUGGAAUACAUCAACUGCGGCAAGAAAAUAUAUUCGAGGAUAGCAAGAGUCUGUAAAAACGACCGAGGUGGACAAAUCAUGAUGAAAGACGUAUGGACGACUUUCAGCAAGGCUCGCUUGAAUUGUUCUCUUCCCGGCGAAUUCCCAUUUUAUUAUGAUGAAAUCCAAGGUGCGGCUUAUCAUCAAGAAGAGGGAAUCAUUUACGCGACCUUCACAACUCCAAUUAACGGCAUCGCAGGCUCGGCUAUCUGCGCGUUCAACAUGUCUGCCGUCGACGCCAGUUUUAACGGACCUUUUAAGUAUCAAGAAAACGCGGGUGCUGCCUGGGAAAGGAGACCGGUCGCCCAUGAUAAUCGCCAGCGCUGUGGACCUUUAUCUGAUACCGCGCCGCACCAAAUCAUGGACAAUCAACGGUACCAGUUGAUGGACGAGGCGGUGCAGAGCAUAAUGCUGGAGCCGCUGCACACCGUGACCCUCGAGCGAUUCACCCACAUCGCGGUGGACGUUACUCCGACCAAGUUGCAUCGCAGCGUGACUGUUCUCUAUGUCGCCACGGCAACCGGUCUAAUCAAAAAGAUCUCAGUUCUGCCUAGGACGCAGGAGACCUGCAUUGUUGAAGUUUGGGGGUCCUUACCCUCACUGCCGAUGACGAUGCAAUUUCUUAAGGAUACGCAAAGCCUCUAUGUUGGCAUGGAAAUUGGCCUUUUGCGCAUACCUGCCGUUCAGUGUUAUCGUCAUCGGAGCCGUCAAGCGUGCUUGAACGCCCAGGAGCCGUAUUGCGGGUGGAACGAACUUCUCAUGAAGUGCGCAGAGGCACCGAAGCAAAAUUAUCAAUAUAAUUAUUUGGCAAAUCAUUGGCAUCAGGAAGUUACCAAGUGUCCGGUGCUUACCGAUCCUGUUGAUGGAGGUUGGAGUGCGUGGAGUCCUUGGUCACCCUGCCAACAUGGCACAGGAGAACAGUCACUAGGACACGGUCACGUACACUCGCACUUGCACAGCGAACAUGCAGAGAAGAUCGACACGUGUCAAUGCCAAACCAGAGAAUGCAAUAAUCCUCCACCACAGCACGGUGGCGAGAGUUGCACGGGUACGCGGGUUAGAGUAACAAAUUGCACUGUCCAUGGCGGUUGGACCGCUUGGUCGGCUUGGUCAGCGUGCUCUCAGACCUGCGGUUUCGCAAUGAAAACCCGCCGGCGGACUUGCACGAAUCCAGCACCUGCAUUCGGUGGACGCGUUUGCGUCGGGCAUGAUCAUGAUGAUAUCAUGUGCAUCGAUCUACCGCCCUGUCCUGCCCCCGCUAAAACCACCCCACCGCCUCAAAUUGGUCAGUGGUCGAUCUGGGGUCCAUGGCACGCAUGUACACGGCCUUGCAACGGUGGAGUACGUUUAAGAAAGAGAACUUGUGACAGUCCAUCGCCAAAGAAGGGUGGUGUUGAAUGUCCGGGCUGCGAUUUUCAGAUUGAGGAAUGUAACAAUCACAAAUGCGCCGAGACGAAAAGAUAUUCCGGAUGGACUCCUUGGUUGACCGUAAACUCCAGUUUACAAAGCGACAGCACGGUUUAUUUAGAAAAACGCUUCCGAUUUAGUUGCCGCGCACAGACGGAUGAUCCGUCAAGCGUGCGAGUGCAACUCGCUAAAGAAGAGGAACGUUUCUGCAGGAACGAUGGUUCUUGUCUCAAAGGAAAGGAUACGUACGCGGAGUCCAUCAACGAGAAUGGCUGGGGCGAAUGGUCCUCUUGGGGCUCAUGCGAUCGUCCUUGCGGAAAGGGUACCCAACAUAGAGUUAGACAGUGCGAAUCACCACCUUGCGAAGGUGGUCUCGCCACGCAGAGCAGAAUCUGUAAUUCGCACUCCUGUCACGGUAAUACGGCGGAAAGUCAAUGGUCAUGCUGGACGGAGUGGUCCGAAUGUUCAGUGACUUGUGGCGUUGGAAUGCGUACGAGGACGAGAGAAUGUCUCGGUCCGGAGAGUUGCAACGGUCCAAGAUUGGACAAGGAGGUCUGCGAGAUGACCAGUUGCGAAUCGCUAGCUGGUUGGGACACGUGGUCGUAUUGGACUCCCUGCGAUGGUGAUCAUCAACAACACCGAAAGCGAAUAUGUCUUCAGCAUGGACCUGGCAUGUGUCAAGGGGUAACCCGCGAGACACGCGAUUGCUUUUCUGCAGACUGCAUAGAUAAUGACGUAAACGCUUUACCUUCAAGCGUAGAGAGUUCGGGUGUCACGGUGGGCGCAGCGGUGGGCGGCUGUGUACUCAGUUUCACCAUUGGUUUGGCCUUAACCGCAGUGUUAUGCUUUUGCUAUUUGAAGCGACGCAAGCCGAGCAUUCCAGGGAGCCCGCAUUACAUCAGUAAACAGAAUUCUUACGUUAUCGUGCCUCUGAAAGAGGUGAACGCGAAGCGGCAGCCCAGUUUUUCGGGUAGCACCAACGGAAACGGUACUCUACGUGGCAAGAACAAUCCCAAUGUCAAUGGUCUCGGCAGUCCCAAGUUAUAUCCAAAGAGUCUCGAUUAUGAAUCCGCUACCCUGAAGCGUAACAGUCAUGGCCAGCAACACAUCCGUGCCGAUCUCGAUCAAGACAAAUACUACUGAACGAUUUACC